AAGUUCGUGGAGAUGUGAUCUCUCCAGACUCAAACACGGUGAGAGUGGACAACACACGCUCCUGCUUGCUUACCAAAUUUAUGUCUCUUCAUCUCAUUCAGCUAGUGCGGACUACAUUCAUAUGCCACAUCCUCUCUCAAGCACCGGCCGCUCCAUGGCAGAGGCCCUUUAUUAUUAUAAACAAGGUAUUUCCAUUAGAAAGCAGAACAAAGCCUGGUCAUUAUGCCGGAGUUGGCCCCGGAAAUAUCGCUUUCACAAGCCUAUAUAACAGGACCGGUGGGUCUGUCAGGACGCUUUCCCCGGAAGCAGACCAUGAGUUUUCUUGAGUAAACGUUGGUUUUUUGUUGAAGAGACAUGCUCAGAACUACUGAGCAGAGCGGCACAAAAAUCCUCCUGGAUGCGAUGUCCAAGGAUAAAGCACAUCUGGCCAGGUUUGUUCUGGACGCGCUGGAUGGAGAAAUCGUUGACUCCCCCGCGGACGGCGCACAGACGCCCCUCAUCGCCUCCGUUCUGCUGCCCGAUGGCCAAACCCGAUGUAAGUUCAUAGAGCUUCUGCUGCAGAGGGGGGCCAGUGUCAACUGUCAAGACGAAGACGGACGCACCGCGCUCAGCUACGCCUGUGAGAAGGGCUACCUGGACGCGGUUAAGAUCCUGGUACAGAACGGUGCAGAUCCAGAGAUCCUGGACUCCUGGGGGAACACCCCGUUGAUGUACGCGGCCGUAGCGGAUCACACCGUGGUAGUUGAAUUUUUGGUAAGAGCCUUCAAGAGGUUAGGUCUGCAGAUAGACAGGCAAAACAAAGCUGGUAACUCUGCUGUUGAAGUGGCAAAGUUCCUCGGUCACACGGAGUGCAUUUCUGCGCUCACCAGUAUCUCCAAAAGGAACCGUGAGGCGGAUGAAGGCAACUUUAAAAGAAAAGUUAAUAGUUUAGCAAGCAAACUUGAAGUCCUCCAAAUGCGUGACCAUGCCGAAACGUCUCAAAACUGCACCUUGCAACCAAUGCCACCAAUAAAGCCCAAUCGUUUGCCACCGAUGGAGUUUGAAAGAGAAAACCAUGACUUCUCCUCGGGUCCACGGGAUAUCUUCUCUGGAGUACGCACUACUGUGCCAAGGAUUUACAAUCAGCCUGCUUCUAAACCAAUUAACCCCCAGGAAAAGUUACCCGCCUCUACUCAUUACUUGCCCCCUCUACUAAAUAGCUGUGACACUGAAAAAUCUAUUUUCUUCUCCCCUCAGCCAAAAAGAAACAUGUCGCAUCCCUGUGCGCCAUCCACUCUGGGCAUCUUGCUGACUCCGAUUCUUCCCAAGAAAUGUGAGACUGAGAGGGAAAGGGAGAAAUCGUUCCGUGUGCGGAGAUUUAACGAGUGCUACUAUAGGAAAAGAUGUAGUUUGCCAACCAGUAUGCUCAGCCCCACGCCUCCGGAACGCACUCUGGCGCCUGUGCGUAAAUCCAGGACAGCGAGGAGGCGCAAAGAGUCGAUCGGCUUGACUGAACCACUUCAGUUUUCCACCACAAGUCCUACCGCAACUGCAACAACGUUCUCAGCAUUGACCAACAAACUGUUUCGCAGAUUUACAUCACCCGAGAUCAAAGAGGCCGUUGGAGAGCUGGAACAGAUUCCGGUGACAACCUUAGGCCGCAUCCCGCGAUCAGAAACCUUCCCUCAGGACACAAGGCAUCCGCAGGUGGACAGCACGCCCAGCAUCGACAGUAUCAGCUCCGUCAAGUGCGAGUUUGACUUUCAGUUCAGAAACACAAACUCUUAAACGACUGUGCACCGUGUGUAAAUGAAAAGGAAAAAAAAAUAACAUUACGUUGCGUAUUUCUGUUUUGCGUUAAGUUCAUCCAAAAAUGGAGGGGAUGUGAAAUCUACGCCACGUCUAUUUAUGGAGUGAAAGUGUGUUCAUUACAUGUAGAAUAGUGAUAGCUACUAUUAGUUAUGGAGCAGUGGUAGAAAUGUACCAAUCAGGAUUUUCUAAGUGGUUCUGAUUUAAUUCAGUCUAUCUUUUUUAUUUAGAGUAUAAUACAUAACGGAUAUUCUGCUCGUUACUUGAUGGAGAUCUGAAUCCGACUAAAAUUAAGAUACAAUAUUAAGAUCAAGAUUAAACAUAAAAGUGUGUAUCGCCAACCUCUGAUUUGAACAGAAUGCUUUUAAAAAAGUGCACCAUAGUCCAUGCUAUCGGUUGUUGGUUGAUGCACAAAAACAAUGCAACUUCUCAGUUACAAUGCAUUUAAUGAUUAGAGGAAAAAAAACCCUGAUUUGUCAGAGUCUGACCUACAGUUUACCAAUCAAAGCAGAUAGUUAUAAAAUGAGUUGCUUCCGAUCUCUGAUGGAUUUGUGAAACACUAGUAAAGAUCUGAGAUCAAGAUCUAAUUUGUGUGUACUGUCAGUAGUCACACGGUAUGAUUUUCUACUAUUGCAUUCGGAGUAAUUUAAGUGAGGACACUAUUUUGAGGUUUUGAUGUUUCUUGAUGCCACGCUAACCAUCUGGUGUCAGCUCUCACUCUAACAUACCGAGCUGCAACUUUGAGGGAGUGGAGUUUUUUGGUGGAUGGGAGGGGAGGGGAGGGAAAGGAGGGGAGCUGUCAGCGUUUCCCUCUAGACAUGCAUCAUUUCAGCUUAACCUCCAGCUGCUAUCGCAGAGAUGGAGACUACAGCAUUGCGGGAGUAGCGGCAACCGCUGCCUAUAACGGAAGAUAAGUUCAGUUUACUGACUUUCAGUGAAGGAUGAUCAUUAUUUGUUGCUGACAUGUAGAGGUAGCUCGCAUUUGCAGCCGUCCCUGGGUUGACACCUGUCCACCUUGAAGGAGUGAGGAGGUCGGCUCGGACAGAUGGAACUCGUUGGGGCCGGAUCUCGCAUCCAAUCUGGAGGCAUCUUUUGCUGCAUUCACGAUGAUCUGAGCGUCACUUCUCAGCGCUAAGCGAGGCAACCCUCCUCUCUCUCUCUCUCUCUCUCUCUCUCUCUCUCUCUCUCUCUCUCUCUCU